CAUAUUUCCAGCGGCCGUGACGGCGGAGAAUUGACGAGAAAACCUAAGCGGGCUUUGUAAUUGCGAAUGCACUCAGAGAAUGCGACGAAUGAUGGAAUCAGUAAGCAUUUCUAAAUGGUAAUUGGAGAGGAAAGUGGGUGGGAACAAUGACGAGCGUAGGCGAUGAAGAUUACGCAGCCAGAGGGGGAACAGGAUACUUCAGUCUUUGCGCCAUUGGAGGAAUGCUCAGUGCUGGAACUACCCAUCUCGCCAUCACUCCUCUCGAUGUCUUAAAAGUUAACAUGCAGGUGAAUCCCAUUAAGUACAAAAGUAUUGCCUCAUGCUUUACUAUCCUGUUGAGAGAACAAGGCCCUUCUGCCUUUUGGAGAGGUUGGACGACCAAAUUCAUUGGCUAUGGUGUUCAGGGAGGUUUUAGAUUUGGUCUUUAUGAGUACUUCAAGACCCUUUACUCUAAUGUGUUGGUGGAUUGCAAUAGGACUCCUAUUUUCUUUCUUAGCAGUGCUUCUGCUGAAGUAUUUGCCAAUGCGGCUCUCUGCCCUUUUGAAGCAGUCAAAGUCCGGGUUCAAGCACAACCCCACUUUGCAAAGGGCUUGCUUGAUGGCUUCCAAAAGACUUACACAUCUGAAGGUGUCUUUGGUUUCUACAGGGGUCUUGUUCCACUUUUGGGUAGAAACCUUCCAUUCUCGAUGGUUAUGUUCUCGACAUUUGAGCAUUCUGUAGAUUUUCUGUAUCGGAAUCUUAUUCAAAGGAGAAAGGAGGAGUGCUCAAAAGUACAGCAGCUAGGGGUGACCUGUUUAGCUGGGUAUGCUGCUGGGUCUGUUGGUAGUUUUAUUUCUAAUCCCGCUGACAACAUUGUUGCUUCUAUGUAUACUAAAAAGGCUGACAGCCUCAUACUGGCUAUUAAAAAAAUUGGGCUUUUCAAUUUAUUCACAAGAAGCCUAUCUAUCCGGAUAUUGCUUGUUGGACCUGUGGUGACUUUGCAGUGGUUGUUCUAUGACACAAUCAAAGUCUUCAAUGGAUUCUCCACCAGUGGAGAAGUUGUCUCUGAAAUCACAGAACGGUGUGCGGCCCAAGUUCAAGAUUGAAAGACCAGAGUUUCAACUUUUUUUUCCAAAGGCUAGAGUUCCAAUUCAUUGUUCACAUGAUUUCCUCACUAGAUUUUAUUCAUAUAAAAAUCAGAGGUUCAAAACUCCUCGGUGAAAUCAGGACCAAUUGACAAGCCAAUGCCGUCAUAUGUAAAAUAAC